GCUUUAUCUCACGCAUUUGUGGAAGACUUUAAACUGGACGAAAGAAAACACCGCUGGUGCACAGUCACAUUUUAUUACAUACAGAGCUAUCUUCAGUUGGAUAUAAAGUUACUCCUGGAAAAGACUAUCAGAAAUGCAGUCAUUCACCAGGUGAAAGGCAUCAAUCGUGCCCUAGUGUCUGAAGAGAAGGAAGAUGGAGAAAGUGUACUCCACUUGAAAACAGAAGGCGUUAACAUACUGGAAAUGUUCAAGUACCCAGAGAUCCUUGACCUGAAUAAAAUGUACUCCAACUGCAUUCACACCAUGGCGCAGACGUAUGGCAUCGAAGCAGCCAACAGAGUCAUUAUUAAGGAAAUUCAGAAUGUGUUUGGAGUUUAUGGCAUUGCCGUCGACUACCGCCAUCUUUCACUGCUGGCAGACUACAUGACAAGUCGUGGCCAGUACGACGCCUUCAACAGACGGGACAUUAUGUACAAUACGUCACCUUUACAGAAGAUGACCUUCGAGACUACAAUGAACUUUCUGCUGAAUGCCUGCGUUUCCGGACACAAGGAUGACCUUCACUCACCAAGCUCCAGGCUUGUGAUGGGGAAACUGGUGGGCGUUGGCACCGGAUGUUUUGAAGUUUUAGAUGUCUUAUAA